AUGGGGCUAAGACUUGCCAGCCUUUUUAUCCUAUGGCUGGCUCUUUCCUAUGCAAGGAAAUAUGAAACAGGUAGAAGCCAAAACCAUGGCCACCAUGUCUGCAGUACCUGGGGAAACCAUCAUUUCAACACUUUUGAUGGUGAUGUCUAUCAGUUUCCAGGCCUUUGCACAUACAAGUUUGCUGCCGACUGCCGGGAGACUUACAGCGAGUUUUCUGUCCAUAUUCAGCGUGGUCUGAAUAGCAGAGGACACCCUGAAAUCCAGAAUGUCCUAGUCACCAUUCAGGAAGUUAACAUCUACCUCACCCGGAAAUAUGCUGCGGUGGAUAGAGUAAUAGUAAAGACACCACACUACAUGUCUGGUAUGCUGAUUGAGACCAGUGAUGUCUACACCAAAAUCUAUGCAAGAGCAGGCCUGGUUCUGAUGUGGAACCGUGAAGAUGCACUGAUGCUGGAGCUGGACCCCAAGUUUAAUAACCAUACUUGUGGUCUCUGCGGGGAUUACAAUGGACAGCAGAUAUACAAUGAGUUUAUCUCUGGAGGCAUCGUCUACAAUCCAAUCACAUAUGGAAAUGAACACAAGAUUAACACACCCAACUCCAUAUGUGAAGACCCAGAUGAAACUCAGGAAGUCACAACCUGCCAUCAGCAUCGUGAUGAGUGCACGCGGUUACUGACUUCCCAAGCAUUCAGUGACUGCCAGUCCCGCCUGAAUCUGGAAAUGUAUGUUAUGGCAUGUAUGCAGGACAAGUGUGCCUGCCAGGAAGCUGAGGAUGCUUUCUGCCUCUGCAGCACCAUCUCAGAAUACUCUCGCCAGUGCUCUCAUGCUGGAGGCCGGCCAGGGAACUGGAGGACAGAAAAAUUAUGUCCUAAGUCAUGCCCUGGAAACAUGGUUUACCAGGAAAGCAGCUCCCCAUGCAUUGAUACUUGUUCACACCUGGAAAUCAGCAACCUUUGUGAAGAACACUACAUGGAUGGCUGUUUCUGCCCAGAAGGAACUGUUUAUGAUGACCUGACUGAGAGAGGUUGUGUGGCUGUUAACAAAUGUUCCUGCAAACUAAAUGGACAACUAUAUUCACCCGGGCAAAAGUUUGCCAAUGAAUGUGAAGAAUGCACCUGUGAUUCAGGCAGGUGGAUAUGCCAUACUCUACCCUGUCCAGGGACAUGCAUGUUGGAAGGAGGUUCUCACUUUACCACCUUUGAUGCGAAGAAAUACACCUUCCAUGGAGAGUGCUAUUAUGUGCUAACCAAGAACAGUGUCAAUGACUCCCAUACCCUCUUGGCUGAGCUGGGUCCCUGUAGUUUCGAAGACAAGCAGACGUGUUUGAAGACUGUUGUGCUGUUGAUGGACCACAAAAAAGAUAUUGCAGUUUUCAAAGCAGAUGGCACAGUGUUACUGAAUGACGUGGUGAUGCACUUGCCCCAUGUGACAGCAAGCUUCUCAGUUUUCCAGCCAUCUUCCCACUACCUCGUUGUGCAUACAUAUUUUGGUCUUAGACUACAGAUUCAGUUGCGUCCAGUCAUGCAGCUGUUUGUGAUUGUGAAUCAGGAUGCCCGAGGAAAACUACAAGGUCUUUGUGGGAAUUUCAAUGGGGUGGAAGGUGAUGACUUUAAAACAGUCAGUGGACUGAUAGAAGCUACAGGCUCUGCUUUUGCCAACACCUGGAAAGCACAACCUACUUGUAAUGACAAAGUGGAUCGGUUGGAAGACCCUUGCAGUCUCAGCAUUGAAAGUGAAUCUUAUGCUGAUCAGUGGUGUUCUUUAUUGAAAAAACCAGAGAGUCCUUUUGCUAAAUGUUAUUCAGUCAUCGAUCCUUCAGAAUAUUAUAAGAGAUGCAAGUAUGACACCUGCAGCUGUAAGAAAAAUGAAGACUGCUUAUGUGCUGCCCUCUCCUCGUAUGCCAGGGCCUGUGCCUCCAAAAGAGUUAUGCUGUGGGGCUGGAGACAAACUGUCUGCAAAAAAGAAGUUACCUCUUGCCCUGCAAGCCAGAUCUUCCACUACAAUCUGACUACAUGUCAAUACACCUGCCGCUCCUUUGCUGAUGUCAAUAGGCACUGCUCUUAUGACUCCUUUCCUGUGGAUGGCUGUGGCUGUCCUGAUAACACCUACCUGAAUGAAAAAAGCGUGUGUGUUCCUAUCUCCAAAUGCUCAUGCUACUAUAAGGGAGAAUACCUAGAAGCUGGCACUGUUAUUUUGAGAAAUGAAGAUCGCUGCGUUUGCCGCAAUGCCAAGCUCCAUUGCACUCAAGUGAAGAUCAAAGAUGCAAUAUCAUUUUUUAUAGAGUGUCCUCCUGGCAAGAUUCACUUUGACUGCAGCUACAUCUCGCCUUGGAGUUCGCAAACCCCACUACAACGUAGCUGUCAAACUCAGAAUAGUGACCAUUUCCAGCUGGAGUGCCUCUCAGGUUGCGUAUGUCCUCUUGGACUGCUUGAUGAUGGCAGAGGGAAAUGUGUUCAAGAGAAGGAUUGUCCAUGUAUUCAUAAUGAUAAAUUAUAUUCUUCUGGAACAAACAUAACAGUGAAUUGCAACACCUGUACCUGCCAGAAAGGACAUUGGGACUGCACUAUGGGUAAUUGCUUUGGGACUUGCAGUAUAUAUGGAAGUGGCCAUUAUAUUACCUUUGAUGGAAAACAGUAUGAUUUUGAUGGAAACUGUGAAUAUGUGGCUGUUCAGGAUUAUUGUGGUGAAAAAAAUUCCAGUGCUUCAUUUAGUAUCCUUACAGAAAAUGUCCCUUGUGGAACCACAGGAGUCACCUGCUCAAAGGCUAUUAAAAUAUUUUUAGGGAGGACUGAACUAAAGUUGCAGGACAAGGAACUUUAUACAAUUAAAAAAGAUCAUGGUGAGCAUGUGGAUUAUUGGACUCGGAAAGUGGGUCUGUAUCUUGUUAUUGAGGCCAGCAAUGGUUUGAUGGUUAUCUGGGAUAAGAAGACUACUGUUUUCAUCAAUCUGACCCCUAAUUAUAUGGGCAAAGUCUGUGGUCUGUGUGGUAACUUUGAUGACAACUCCAACAAUGACUUCACAACAAGGAGCAGGCUGCUUGUAAACCAACCUCUGGAGUUUGGGAAUUCUUGGAAACAUGACCCCAGGUGCCCUGAUGUGACAGCAGAGAUCCAACCCUGUGAUGUGGAUGCUCAUCGACAUGCGUGGGCAAAGCUCAAAUGUGAGCUUAUCAAGAGUGAUACCUUCAAAACGUGUCACCACAAGGUGGACCCAGCUCCAUUCUAUGAAGCUUGUGUUCAUGAUGCCUGCUCCUGUGACAGCGGUGGAGACUGUGAAUGCUUUUGUUCCGCAGUUGCUGCCUAUGCUCAAGCGUGUAUUAAAGCUAUGGCAUGUGUCUUCUGGAGAACUCCUGAUAUAUGCCCAAUAUUUUGUGAUUACUACAAUGCUCGUAAUGAGUGUAGAUGGCACUAUGAGCCUUGUGGCCGUGAAAUUAAGACCUGCAAGAUUAUUACUAAUCCCAGUAGCAACUUCUCAGUACCAUUGCUGGAAGGUUGUUACCCCAGCUGCCCUCCAGAGUAUCCCAUUUAUGAUGAGUAUUCCAAAAAAUGUGUGACAGAAGAUCGCUGUGGUUGUUAUAUGAGUGGAACGUAUUAUCCACCAUCCACAGAAGUACCCACAAUAGAGAACUGUAAAAGAUGUGUCUGUGUUUCAUCAGGAAAGAUUACCUGUACAACUCUCCCAGGCUGCCCAUGCAUCAUCGAUGGAAAAAUCUAUAAUGUAGGAGAUACAGUUGAACAAUUCAGAAAUGGAUCAAUGUGUAUAGACUAUGUAUGUGAAAAUAAUGGGUCUAUAGUUCCUAGAAUGGUCUACCCUUGUUCAACACCCCAGCCUCAUACAACUACACCUACAACUACAACCUAUACUACUACCACAGUUUCCACAACAACCUCAACAAGUACAGCUACAACUACAUGCGAUGAUGAAUGCAGCUGGACUAAGUGGUAUGAUGUCAGUAAACCCACAGAGGGUGAAGAUGGUGGUGAAUAUGAAACCUAUGAUGCAAUAAGGAAUAAAGAUGGAGAUGGUUUCUGUGAAGCUCCACGUAACAUUGAGUGCAGGCCCCAAACCAGAUUUAAUUUAAGCCUAGAAGAUGUGGGCCAGAAAGUGUCAUGUAAUAUUACUUAUGGGCUCAUAUGUAAAAAUAAGGAACAAGACAAACCCUGGAUCCCUUGCUAUGACUAUGAGAUUCGGAUUUUUUGUUGUAAAAAGAAUCCUGGCUGUGGUUCAUCUACCACAUGGACACCCACUCUAACCACAACCACACCAACACCCACUUCAAGCACCACUAGCACACCGACCACAACCAUUAGCACAACAAUCCCUACGACUACAACAACAACAGUUUCAACUUCAAUUACAACGCAAACACCGACACCAACUACCACACUAACACCUACACCAACAAACACUCCAAGAUCAACACCUACAACAAUCACAACCACUACAAUGGUACCAACACCGACACUGACCAGAACUACUACAUCAACUCCAGUCACCAUUACCACACCAACACCUACACCAACCUUCACCACGACUCUAAUAACAACACCAGGAAGUACUACCAUGCUGACAUCCACACCAACCACCAUUACUACAUCAAUGCCAACAUCCUUCACAACAAAUCGUCUUCCAACUACAACUAGUAGCACUCCAGCAACGCCAACCACCACCACUACCACCCUGACACCCACACCUUCCACCACUGUCACACCAACUCCAACAACCUCCAUUACUGCAACUACAGGCUGCCAAUGCCAGUGUACCGAGUGGUUGGACGAUGAUCACCCAAAGGUAAAGCCAGGAGAGGACACUGGGAUAAACAAAAAAGACUAUGGGGACUAUGAACUCUUGGACAACAUCAUACACAAGAGGCCCUACCUGUUCUGUCCGGUGGCAUGGAAUAUUUCAUGCAGAGCACAGCAAUUCCCUCAUCAUCCCAUAGAAAAGUUGGGGCAAAAAGUGGAAUGCAGUGCCUCCAAAGGACUUACCUGCAACAACAAAGACCAGGUCGGGCAGUUGCCACCUAUCUGCCACAAUUAUGAAGUGAAGCUCUGCUGUUAUGCAAGCCACCCUUCUUGCUGCAUUUCUACCACAUGGCACACGCCAACCACUACCUCCCCAUCAACGUCAGCACCUACCAUAACCACAUCAACCACUACCACGUUGAUACCCACGCCUUCCACCACUCUCACACCAACGUCAACAGCCUCCACUUCUGCAACUGCUCAAGGGUCUACAACUACUACUACUGCUACUACUACUAAUUUCACCACACAAAGUACAACGCCUUGUACUACAGAGACAACAGAGGAGGGUAGUGGCUCUUCUACAGCUUCAUCAACUCCUCCAACACCAUCUACCACCAUAACUGCAAGUACGCCUCCACCAAUCCCCACCGCCAUUACCACUUCAGCCACAACUACCUCAGAGUCAGCCACCACCACUUCAGCAACAACUCCUCCAACACCAACUCCCACCAUUACUGCAAGUACACCUCCACCAACCUCCACCACCACCACUUCAGCCACGACUACCUCCAAGUCAGCCACCACCACUUCAGCAACAACUCUUCCACCAUCAACUCCAACCAUUACUUCAAGUAUACCUCCAAGAACUCCCCACAUCACUUCAGCAACAAUUACUCCAAAGUCAACCACCACAGUCACUACUUCAGCAACAACUUCAACUCGAGGGACUACUGUUAGAACACCAGAAAGUACAACCAAAAGCAUAAGUCUUAUAACACCCACCGCAACAUCUCCAACGUCCUUUCCAAAAACAUGUUUCAUUCCACCUGAUAAGUAUAUUGUGGUAAAUGAAACUGGGUGGCUGUGUAACUGCACAAAGGUAAUCUGUAUUGACAAUAACACCAUGCAGACGGUUCCAGUACCCUGUGUCCCACCUGCAAAGCCCACAUGUAGCAAUGGUCUUGCUCCUGUGGCAGUGAUGGAUGAAGAUGGAUGCUGUUGGCACUGGGAAUGUGACUGCUUUUGCACUGGUUGGGGAGAUCCACAUUACACGACAUUUGAUGGAGUAUCCUAUAGCUAUCAAGGGAAUUGUACAUAUAUCCUGGUUGAAGAGAUUCACAAGAAAAUUGACAAUUUUGGGAUCUACAUUGACAAUUACCACUGUGAUGUACGAGAUACAGUCUCCUGUCCACGCACACUCAUUGUGAAACAUGAGACCCAGGAAGUGCGCAUAGCAACAGUCCAAAUGAAUCCUAUCAAAGUAGAGGUAUUUGUAAACCAACAAGAAGUAGCUACACCUUACCAAAAAUUUGGAUUGAAAAUCUUUGAAUCAGGCAUAAAUCAGGUGGUGGAAAUUCCUGAACUUAAGGUUAAUAUAACCUACAAUGGCUUGGCCUUCUCUAUUAGAAUGCCAUACAGCCAGUUUGUCAACAAUACCCAAGGACAGUGUGGGAUUUGCAACAAUGACCCAACAGAUGACUGCAAGCUACCCAAUGAAGAAUCUAAUUGUGAAAGGAUGGCAGACAGUUGGCAAGUUAAUGACACUAGCAAGCCAGAGUGCCAUUCAACCAUACCAUCUACAGAACCACCUACGGUUAUGCCCUCAUCCACAACAGCCUGCAAAGCAUCUGCACUUUGCGAGCUCCUUAUUAAGGGAAGCUUGUUUGAGGAGUGCCGUAACUUUAUCAAACCUGAAAGAUACUAUGCAGCCUGUGUGUUCGACACCUGCACUAUUCCCAAUGCUAAGAUGGAGUGCUCCAGUUUGCAAAUCUAUGCUGCCAUCUGUGCUGACCAGGGUUACUGCGUUGACUGGAGAAGUCAGACCAAGGGCACCUGUGCUCUUGAAUGCCCAUCACAAAAAGAAUAUAGAGCAUGUGGUCCCAUUAAAGAAAAGACCUGCAAAACAAGCCCAGAAGAACAAGACAGUAAAAACUAUGCAGAAGGCUGCUUCUGCCCCAAUGGGACAAUGCAGUAUAGUCCUGGUAUGGAUGUCUGCGUAAAAACCUGUGGGUGUGUUGGACCAGAUAACGUACCACGAGAGUUUGGGGAGAAAUUUAUCUUUGACUGUAAGAAUUGCACUUGCCUGGAUGGUGGAAAUGGCAUCAUCUGUGAGCCUUACCAAUGUACUGCACAAGUAAAUAAGCCACAAUGUACUGGAGAAGGCUUUUAUGAGGUUGUUGAAGUCACCCCUAACGACAUUUGUUGCAACAAAACUGUCUGCAGAUGCAACACGAACUUGUGCAUAAGCAAACCACCUAUAUGUAAACCAGGAUUUGAAGUUCAGUCCUCUAUUCCCCACGAUGGAUGCUGUCCUCAGUAUAAGUGCAUUGCCAAGAGAGUUUGUGUACACGACAAUGCUGAGUACCAGCCUGGUUCUUCAGUUUUUAAGGAUAAGUGUCAGAAUUGUCUCUGCACUAAGCAAGUGGAUAACAGCACUGAACUAAAUGUCAUCUCAUGUACCCUUCGCCCAUGUAACACAAACUGUGAUCCAGGCUAUGAACUUGGUAAGCCUGCAAAAGGUGAGUGCUGUGGAAAGUGUAUCCAGACAAAAUGUGUCAUGCAGACAUCACAUGGCAAUGAACUCAUCUUGAGUCCUGAUGAAUGGAAAAAUGAUCCAGGAGACAACUGCACUAUUUAUAGCUGUAAGAAUAUGCAUGACCAGUUCAUCUCCUCCACCUCCAGGAUUAGCUGCCAACCAUUCAAUGAGAAGAACUGUAAACCUGGUACUAUUUCCUACCUAACUAAUGGGUGCUGUAAAACAUGCAUACCUCGUGAUACCCCAGCACCAUGUUCUGUCAGUCAAAUGAUGGAGUAUAUCACGCACCAGGGAUGUACUUCUGUGGAGAGAGUCAACGUGACUCAGUGUGAAGGAACAUGUGGAACCUACUCAAUAUACUCUGCUGAGGCCAACUCCAUGAACCACAAGUGCACUUGCUGCAGGGAGUCGAUAACGAGCAGAAGGAGAGUUCAACUACGGUGCCUUAAUGGAGAAGAGGUGAACCAUGAGUAUGUGCACGUGGAGCAUUGUGAGUGCCAAGGCACUAUCUGUGAUGUACCAGGUUGGUCUAGAAAGGCCCAGCAGGAGUUAAUGGAAGGGGACAGAGAGGCUGCACUGAAACGCAUCAGAAGAGCCACCCAGAGACGAGUGAAGUGAAGAAGAUGAACAUAAUGACACAUUGAUAGAGGGGCAAAAAGAGACUGUAGUAGACAUUUGUAAUUUUCCAAGAGUAAUUCAGUGCUUUCCAUUUUCCACCUCCUUCUCUUCUAAGCCCUUGUUGCACUCUAUUUAUUUGUGUAUAAAAAUAAGAGAAAAUCUUCCUUUAGGCGCAUAGUCUUUUAUUUA